GCGCCCAGUGUACAUGGAGGGUCAGGAGGUAAAGGAAUCUCCAUCUCCAAGCAUGCUCAUGGAAGUGCUCACAGCAGCGGCCAUGGAAGCAAUUUUAGCCAUCAUGCUUUGUUUACCGUCAAUGGGAAGGAAACCAUGCAGCACCUGAAUGAUCGCUUGGCUUCCUACUUGGACAAAGUCCGCUCUCUGGAGCAAGAGAAUGCCCAGCUUGAGAGAAAUAUCCAGGAGUGGUAUGAGAGGAAUCAGCCCAGCGCUUUACCCAACUUCAGCAGCUUCUUCAGGAUUAUUCAAGAGCUUCAAGGCCAGAUUUCCUCAACUUCUUUAAACAAUGCAAGUAUUACAUUACAAAUAGACAAUGCUCGUCUGGCAGCAGAUGACUUCAGAAACAAGUAUGAAAUGGAACGCCAACUGAGAUGUAGUGUUGAGGCUGAUGUGAAUGGACUUCGUAUACUCCUGGAAGAACUGAACCGGGACAUAUGUAAUCUGCAGGCACAAGUAGGAAACCUUCAGGAGGAACUGCAGCAAAUGAGGAGGAACCAUGAGGAGGAAGUCAAUGCUUUGCAAGCUCAGCUGGGUGCCAGGGUCAGUGUGGAAAUGAAUGCCGCUCCAUCAGCUGAUCUGAAUAGAACCUUGUCUGAAAUUAGAGAGCAGUAUGAGAACCUGAUGGAACGGAAUCUGAGAGAGGUGGAAACUAUUUUCCGACAAAGGACUGAGGAACUGAAUCGUGACGUUGCUUCUGGUUCUGAACAACUCCAAUCUGUACAGACUGAAGUCAUUGACUUGAAUCGCACCGUCCAAGCCCUGGAGAUCGAACUGCAAAGCCAGCAGAGCUUUAGAUCUGCUCUGGAGAACACCUUGGCAGAGACAGAAGCCACAUUUGGAGACCAACUUGCCCAGUUACAAUGUUUGAUCAACAAUGUAGAGUCCCAGCUGGCCCAGAUCCGCUCUGACCUGGAACGUCAGAACCAGGAAUACAGGAUCCUAAUGGACCAAAAGACACACCUGGAGAUGGAGAUCGCCACCUAUAAACGCCUAUUGGACGGUCAUGUCUUCUGGAGAAACCCUGUUGAUGAGAGUAUUAAACUGUCUCCAGAAGUCUUUUGGUGUCUAUCUCUGUCUUCUUCUUAUGUGACCUCUGGGAUCUGCUUCAUCCAGGCAAACUUGGCAUGGGACAUGAACAAGAUCCACCCAGAUCCAUACACAAUCCACAUUCAGAAGUGCAAUGGGACGAUAAUUGCCGCAGGAGGUGUGAUCUUUGUCAGGUUUCAGGAUCACCAAAAGGUCAUUCAGUUUGGUCCGUACCUCCAGGAGCUCCGCCCCCGCUCACACAGCCUGGGAUCUCUUGUGCAGCCCCUCCAGCACCCUAAGGCGAUGCAGCAAGAACGAGACCCUAGAGGUCAUUUCCCUUUUCUUCCGCAGGCCAUGUUUGAUGAGUAUCCCCCUCAUGACACAUUUAUGAGAUUCCCAUAUCAUGAAUGGGGGGGCCGAGGUGGGGGCAUUGGUGGUAAAAAAAGCUCUUAUUUCUGCAUCUAUGUCGUUCUUGACUACCGGGUCCUGCAAAAGCUACUCAUUGAGUCUCCAAAACGAACAGAGAGAUCUCAGAGCCAGCAAGUCAAGGGUCAGGUGCAGGGGGGCAUGGUCAGACAGUAA